ACGUGGGAAUGGUGCGCCCAGCUAUAGCCAUUAGUUCGGCACCAGUCGCACUGCGGAGCACAUCGUUCUACGACGACUAAGAGUGAAGAUCGCAUUGUACAAUGCAGAAUGCAUUCGGAGCACACCUUGACCUGGCCGUGGUGAUGGGCCUGGCUAUGCUGAUGGUUCUGGCCUGUCCCGUGGCUGAGGCACGGGAGGAUGACAUUUGCAGGCUGUUCUCCAACGGCACGGUAAUCCGUGACCCCGACUCCUGCAGUCAGUACAUCACCUGCAUUAACUUUGUCAGCAUCUACGGCAGCUGCAGCGGCUCCACGCCGUUCUUCGACAAGGAGAAGGGAGCGUGCGCAAAGACACUGGCUGACGACUCGUCCUGUGCGGUUUCGUGUGUGAAUGCCACCAGUCAGUUUGUGGCCGACCCUAAGUCCUGCUACGGAUACUAUUACUGCCUGGACCAGGAGACGCCCAUGUUCGGCACCUGCCCCCAGGAGACGCACUUCAACGCCACCACCCAGACCUGCACGCGACUCUACGAGUCGGAGUGCACCGCCAGCGAUUUUGAGUACUGCAACAUUGUGAAGAACAACGUGAAUUUCGACAACCUGCAGUCGUGCGCCAACUACCACGUGUGCGAGAAGGGGGUCCUGAAGACAAAGACCUGCUCGUCCCAGUACUAUGAGGCCAGCACCGGCGCCUGUGUGGCCAAGUCCCAGGUGAACUGUGUGGCCCAUCCGCUGCCCAGCAAUGUGUGUGGCAAAGACAGCAAGCCGUAUGCGAACAAGUUCGUCUCGGAUGCGGCCACAUGUCGGGGAUACUUCUUCUGCGCCGCUAUGCCGGACAACACCCCGGACCGCAAUCCCACCUGGAACCACUGUCCCCAGGACACCUUCUUCGACGCCAGCACCGAGACCUGUCGCAGCCCCAAUCUCGUGAAAUGCACCGAAGAUCGCUGUGACGGUCGUUCGCUCCCGUUUGUGCUUAGCAACACCAAGGGCUGUCGCAACUAUCUGCGCUGCAGCGAGGGCAUAACUCUGGACGAGAUGUCAUGUGGUAACCUCUUCUUCGACGAAGCAAAGGGCGGCUGUGUCCACAACGUUGUCUCCUAUAGCAUAUGCACAUAAACUGCAGAUACAUAUAUAAUAAAGCUCAUCAAUUGAUUUUGUCUGAUGCUGUUUUGAGGGCUA